AUGUCCAGCGCAUAUCAUGGAAAUGCUAUCAGCUCACCAGGACUCAGCGACAAUGUGACAGCUGCCAGUAAUUCAGGAGUGGACUUUACAUCAAUCGAAAGACAUCAAAGUAGACUUUCUCGAAUGGUCUCUGGAGUUGAUCAUGAGGAUGCGAAAAGACGGUAUGAUCUUGAGGCGAGGGACAAUCAUGUGUCUCUUCCACAUUCAUCUGCAUCCAGCGUCUUGGGCACGCGCAAAAAUGUAAUACAUUGGGAAGAGGACGAUCCAGAUAAUCCAUAUAAUUGGUCUUCCGGGUGGAAAUGUUAUAUUGUUCUUGUUGGAAUGCUUGUUGUGAUCAACAGUACCAUGGGUUCUUCUCUGCCUUCGAACGCGAUUCCAUUCAUCGCUCCGCACUUCCACAUAACAUCAGAAUCUGCGGAAAUCUUACCAAUAUCGAUGUAUCUCCUUGGAUAUGUGCUUGGGCCUUUAGUAUUUUGUCCACUAUCAGAACAAUUCGGACGAAGAACGAUCAUGCUGGCAACCUUUUUCUGCUAUACUGCCUUUACAUUAGGUUGUGCCUUAACACCAACGUGGGGUGGACUCUUAGCAUUUCGUAUUCUGGCAGGUAUCAAUGCAAGUAGUCCUAUAUCCGUCAGUGGAGGUAUCUAUGCAGAUAUAUACAAGGAUCCAGUAACAAGAGGGAGAGCCAUGGCGGUUUUCACUGCAGGCACUUGUGUAGGUCCUCUAGUGGCUCCAAUAAUUUCGGGCUUUAUAUCUCCUGUUCUUGGCUGGCGUUGGACUUUCUGGAUUGGCUUGAUUGUUGCUGGUGCAUCUUGGGUCCCUCUUGUAUUUCUUCCAGAAACCUACGGCCCAGUUCUACUUCUCAAACGCGCAAAACAGUUGCGAAAAGAAACAGGCGAUCCCAAAAUAAUCGCGCCGAUCGAAUUGGAAAAGCAAGACCUAAAACAAAUGAUGACUGUGACACUCACUCGACCUAUUCGCAUGCUUUUCUUCGAGCUCAUCGUCUUAGCCGCUUGCACCUACCUCGCGCUGGCAUAUGGAAUAUUCUAUAUGUACUUUGAAGCUUAUCCAAUUAUAUUCGAAGGAAUAUAUGGUCAAUCGUCUGGCGUGUCCGGGCUUAUGUUCCUGCCCAUUGGUGGUGGUGCGAUUUUAGCUAUCAUCGUAUUUCUCUGGUGGGAUACAUUUUUGCGCAAAGCUCAAGUAUCUAAGAAAGCCUGGGCGCAAAAAGAAGAAUCUCGGCGGCUACCACUUGCGAUUUUGGGGGGGCCACUCUACGUUAUCUCGCUUUUCUGGUUAGGCUGGACAUCCCGCGCCUCUAUUCCUUUCUACGUUCCAAUGUUGGCCGGCAUACCAUUUGGAAUGGGUUUUAUAUUGAUUUUCAUUGCUCUACUCAACUACUUGACGGAUGCUUAUGAGGUCUUCGCCGCGAGCGCCAUGGCUGCAUCGAGCUGCUGUAGAAGCUUAGCUGGAGCGGUGUUGCCGUUUGCAGCGAAGCCCAUGUAUACAAAACUGGGUGUGCCAUGGGCAAGCAGCCUGCUUGCAUUCCUGAGCCUAUUAAUGUGCGGUAUUCCGGUAUUAUUUACAUGGAAGGGCGAUCGUAUCAGGGAAAGAAGCGUAUUCUGUCAGGAGCUUAAAGAACGAAAGAUUAAAGAGUUGGAGCAGUUGCAAAGAGACAAAUUGAUGAAAGAGCAUCGCCCAAAUGCGGAGAUCACGGAGAAAGUUUAA